AUGGCUGAUUUCGGUCCCCGUGCGCCCCAUGGGCCCGAUAUGACGGGCGACCAUGAGCCCUUGGAGAACAUGGACAUCAACGAGAAGGGUGCUUUCGAUGCCCUCAUUCGCCCCAGCGACAGCUACACACCCGACGGCACCUACUGGGCCGACUUGAAUGUCUUCAAGCGCGUCAAGUUCGUCAGCUCCUACGAUGCCACCGAGGCCAAGCGCGAGCUCAGCGGGAUCUGGGAAAUGACCAAGGCGGAUCCCCUCUCGCCAAUCUCUUAUUACUUCCGGAAUAUGGUCCUUCCUGGUGCUGGUCUCGGUCUAGAAGGUUACGUGCUCUUCUCUAUCGGAAACUUGAAACCCCUCUUCGAAGCUGCCUUCGCCGAAUGUUGGGACGAUAAAACCAUUUGCAAUGCGCAAUGGAUCAACGCUGUUGACUAUCUCGAGAUUUGCGGUAUUAUUGUCGGUCAGAUCUUAGUCGGUGUUCUCGGUGACUGGCUUGGUCGCCGUUGGGGUUUGAUUCAGGAUGCCACGAUUAUGCUUAUCGGUCUGGUCAUGCUUACCGCCGCCUGGGGUGUCACCCAGAACGGUUGGGUUAUCUGCUACGCUUGGUCUUUGUUCUUCUACGGUAUCGGUGUUGGAGGCGAAUACCCCAUGACUGCCACCAGCGGUAUGGAGAAUGCCACCGGCUCCGGAAAGGUCUCUACCAAGGAAGAUCGUCUGCACCGUGGUCGCAAGGUCACCAGUGCUUUCUUGAUGCAGGGCUGGGGUCAAUUUUUCAACCAAGUCCUGCUCAUCAUCCUGCUGCUUUGCUUCCACCACGGCAGCGGCAACCCCUCGUACUCCACCGUCUCUGCGCAGUGGACUUAUCGUGUGUCUUUUGCAAUCCCCGCUGUCGGUACCUUGUGGCUCGUCUACUACCGUGCGUACCACAUGAAGGCUGCCAGCAAGCAGCUGCAGAACGCGAAGAAGAAGGCCUCGGUCACUGGUUACGAUUUCGAGUCGCUCAGACUCACCUUCAAGCACUUUGGAUUCCGUCUCGUCGCAACCGCUGGCGCCUGGUUCGCCAACGAUGUCUUUUUCUACGGUAACAAGCUGUUCCAGUCCGAAUUCAUCAAGGUCAUCAGCCCUCAAUCCGACUCCAUCAUGCCCACCUGGCUUUGGAACCUGUGCAACGUCGGUGUUUCGCUCGUUGGUUACUACCUGGCUUCCUUCUUAAUCGACAACAAGCUGUACGGCCGCAAGUGGAUGCAGAUCGUCGGUUUCCUGAUGUGUUUCAUUCUCUUCAUGGUUCCCGGAUUCAAGUACGACUACUACACCUCACCCGAACACAUCAAGGAGUUCCAAGCCAUGUACUUCUUGAGUUCCUUCUUCAACCAGUUUGGUCCCAACUCCGUCACUUUUCUCGUCGCCGCAGAAGUCUUCCCUACCCCCAUCCGUGCCACCGCUCACGGUAUCUCUGCCGCUGCCGGUAAACUCGGUGCUCUCCUCGCCUCCGUCCUUUACAACUACAUCACCACGCAAGAGAAGUUCCACAUUGUCCCCUGGUUCGGUCUGGGAGGUGUCGUUCUCACCUGGCUCUUCCUCCCCGAUACCACCGGUCUCGAUCUGAAGGAGCAAGAGCGCCGCUGGAAGUACAUCCGUGAAGGCCGCGAAGAGGACUACCACGGACCUGCCGUCCACUCCAAGCACCUUUCCAUCUGGGAACGCUUCCGUGGCAAGGGCAAGUACUACGACGCCGAGCUUGACUACCAGCACAAGGUCGAGGAAUACCGUGCCGAGUGGGAAGCCGCCAUGUCCGCCAAGAUCUCUGAGAAGGACAAGAGCGCCUUUGAAGACGAGACUGACGAUGACCUUCUCUCUGGCCACGUCCACUCCUACUUCCACCGCACGAGUCCCAUGUUCCGCGGUAUGGAGGAGAAGCCCAACAAGGGUGACAACUUUGCCCUCCCUCCCGCCGCUCGGUCAGAUGAUUCUACCGAGAACUCGAUUGAAGAGAGAUAA